AUGAUGGGCAGCCAGGAUGUUGCACAUGGAAGGAACAACGAUCAUCUUAUCUCAUCUGAGGAUUUAACUCAUCCUGCAAAUCACAUCUGUGCACUUUGCCGUACUUUCUACACCCUGGGCUGGGUCACCGGGACUGGUGGCGGAAUGUCCAUCCGACGAGGACCAUACAUCUUUAUUGCUCCAUCUGGCGUACAGAAGGAAUUAAUGCAACCUCACGAUAUCUUCGUACUUGAAUAUGCAACUCGCUCUUACUUGCGUAAGCCUCCGGUACUGAAACCAUCUGCUUGUACCCCUUUGUUUCUUGCCGCUUUCGACCGCGGAGCAGGAUGCUGCAUUCACACCCAUUCUCAGGCAGCCGUUCUCGUCACCUUGUUAGUUGAAAGAGACGCCAAAGAAGUUGGCGAGCAAGUGGCCGAUCGAUGUUUUGAAAUAGAACAAAUCGAGCAAAUCAAAGGUAUACCAAAAGGCAGAGGCAAGCAAGGCAUGCUCGGGUAUUAUGAUCGACUCCAGAUCCCCAUCAUUGAGAAUACUGCCCACGAGGAAGAUCUGACAACAAGCUUAGAGACUGCGAUGGACCACUACCCUGACACUUAUGCUGUUCUGGUCAGAAGACACGGUGUCUAUGUAUGGGGAGAUAAUGUGCACAAGGCCAAGACGCAAGCAGAAAGUUUGGAUUAUCUGUUCCAGCUGGCAGUUGAAAUGCGUAAAUUUGGUCUGUCCUGGGUUAGCUGA